UGGGUGCGCCAUAUUGGCUGGCUUACAUGGGGAGUGGAGUUGGCCAAGCCGCUUGAAAAACCGAACCAGUUUCCUGACAUGAAGCGCUUCGAGGAUAACAAGUAAAUCAGCGCGGUAGGAUUUAUCGGUUUGCUUCGGUGCAAAGUGUCUAAAUUGCCAGAUUUGCUUGCAUUUUGCCCGUGAAGAGGUUCUCGGUCAACUCGAGUCCAAUGGAUCCCCGGACCGCUUGGAUCCAGCCGGAGCAGAAGGGACCUGCCAAUUCCCAGUGGAUGCACAUUUGGGAAACCUCUCAGGGAUUUGGAGCGAACUCCGGCGUCGACAACCACCUUCACCACCGACUCAACUUUGCGGUGCAAAAUGCGAACUCCACGGACUCACACGGCGAGUAUUGCAGAAUUGUAGCACCGCCGCCGGGGGUUGUGUUCAGGAAACUGCCGAAGCGCGACGGCGGCGGCGGAGAGAGGGGGAGCGUCCGGAGGAAAGGCUCGCUCUCUCCGUCCUCCUCCUCCCUGGACUCGGAGGCCGAGAGCUCGUCGCCAUCCGGCUCCUGUCUGCGGAUUGACAACCUGAACGUCGCAGAGGAGACCAAGCAGUUUCUACACUACGGCGAGCUGAACGAGAACCGACAACCUCCUGCGCCGGUUCACACCGUUCACUGUCGCAGCAUGCAACAGUCCGGCGGCCACACCCCCACCGGGACGAAGAGCCAGCACGGCAGCAAGCACCACCACCACCACCAGUCACAUCCGUCCGGCCGCAGGAGGCAGCUGAACAGAGCCAACACUUUCCCCGGCGUCGACCCGCCGCUGUCCAAUGAGUACAACGGACAGUACGUGGAUUCAUCCUGCAGCCUGUGGAAGACCAGGAGGUACAGCCCGGGCAUCAAUGGUCUCCACGAAGAGAUAGUGGACUUUUUCAGCUUCAUGUCACCACGACCUGAAGAGGAGGCCAUGAGGAGGGACGUCGUGAACAGAAUAGAGAAUGUCAUCAAGGACUUGUGGCCCACAGCAAGGGUGGAGAUAUUUGGCAGCUUCAGUACAGGACUUUAUCUUCCAACAAGUGACAUCGACCUGGUGGUGUUUGGAAAGUGGGAUCAUCCCCCACUGCAGGAACUAGAACAAGCAUUGAAACAUAACAUAGCUGGUCCUUGUCCCAUCAAAGUCCUGGACAAAGCUACGGUGCCAAUCAUCAAGCUCACUGAUCACGAAACGCAGGUGAAAGUGGACAUCAGCUUUAAUGUGGAGACGGCAGUCAAAGCGGCACAGUUCAUCAAGAGCUACCUGAAGGAGUACACCGUCCUGCCUCCAUUGAUCUUCGUCCUGAAGCAGUUCCUCCUGCAGAGGAAUCUGAACGAAGUCUUCACUGGAGGCAUCAGCUCAUACAGCCUCAUACUCAUGGCCAUCAGCUUCCUGCAGUUACACCCUCGGAUCGACACGAGACGCUCCAACAUUAACCUGGGCAUCCUGCUGAUCGAAUUCUUUGAGCUUUACGGCCGAGAUUUCAACUACAUGAAGAUGGGCAUCCGGGUGAAGAACGGAGGAGCCUACCUGUCCAAGGAGGAGAUGGUCAAAGCCAUGGAGAACGGGAACAGGCCAUCCAUGCUCUGCAUCGAGGAUCCACUCCAACCAGGGAACGAUGUGGGCAGAAGUUCAUAUGGAAUCCUGCAGGUCAAGCAGGUGUUUGACUUUGCCUACAUGGUGCUGAGUCAUGGUGUCUCUCCUCUAGCUCGAGCAUAUCCCAACAAAGAUUACGACAGUAAUUUAGGACGGAUCAUCAAAGUCAGUCCAGAGGUUCUGUCCUACAGAGACUGGACAAUCAAGAAGUGGGGAGCCAUACAGUAUGCCAAGCUGGAGAACCAUGAUGUAGAGGCCUGUGAACAGGACUUUGGCAGGCUGAUGCUGGUUGAGGAUCAAAGAGACUCUUCGUCCCCCCUCAGUGCCGACUCCCCCUCACCCUCUCCAGUCUUCCUCCCCAGCCCUGUGCACCAUUCAUCGUCGUCCUCUGCCUGCUCGCUGUCCUCCUCCUCCUCGGGAAGUGACAUAGAGUCUGAUUCUCCUCAAAGCGGUCACACUGCUGUCCAGCUCCACUCCCUCACCCUGGCCCCGGUCCACUCAGUGAUCCACAUGGCUCCUGACUUAAGGGCCACACAUCCAGCAAACUUUAUCCACCCCACUUGUCAGGUCCAGAUGCGCCUCCCAGAAAGUGUCACCCUGCCCUCCUUCUCUGAUUGCCAGUUCUACCAUGAGAACCCUCCUCCCAUCCGUGUUGUGCACCAUCACACGUCACAAGCCGCACAAGUCUCCCAGCACACUAACUCCACCAGCCCCCUCCCCAGCCCGCUCCACCAGCCCCAGGUCGGAGGCCAGCAGAGCCACAGUUACAGCAUGAGAUCCAACUCCCAUGGCUCACUCGAGCCACACAAGUUUGUCUUCAAGCACAACCAAGGCGGGAACCUCCACGGUCACCCCCAAGCUAGCUUCAGUCCUCAGCGCAGGUUUGUUGCCCAGACGGCGCCGGGUACGAGGUACCAGCAGCAGUACAGCCGGAACACCUGGCGACGCAGGAAGAGGGAAAAUGUUCCUGUUCUCAACCACAGCAGAUGAAAGAAGGAAACUGCAGAAUAGCUUGCGCUGAUUGUUGAAGACCUCUCUGUCCGUCAUGAGGGAUUAUGAUGGUGAGGUUUUUUUUGCCAUCUUUUUGAGGCUCUCAGAUCAGAUGCACCCAUGUUGUGCUUCAAUUCACAGGUCAGUUCAAGUUCUCUCCCAUUUUCUUGGAGAUUUGUGAACAUCUGAAGUCUUAACUGUGCAUAUUUAAUUCCAUCAGUCUGAAGUCGGAAGCUUUUCCUCAGAGUUUGAUGCACACCAGCACAGACUUGACUGGACUGAGGAAUCACUGAUUCCCAGACUAGGUCUCCUCAGCAGUGCUAUUUCCUGGUUUGUUGGCAGUCAAGUGUUUCCAUGCAACUUGAACAUCAUGUGCCAUAGUACUGAACUGGUUCAUCAACCUCAUCUCUUGAAGUUGUGACUCGUACUGGGCCUUAUCAGGAUUUGGGCUCGUCGGUCUUCUGAAUGCAACUCACUAUUACUCUUGAUCCGGAGCUCUAACCCUGAACUAUCAUCUACAAAUUGUAGUCUGAACUGAAGCGAAGCACUACCUUUCUACCUAUGCAGCGCAACGCUGACAAUGUUUUUGGUGUGACGGCACAAAUGGACCUUGUCUUAAGAGCGUAAACUGUGAUGACUUGUUUGAAUGUAUCAAUCGUUCCUUAUCGUUGGUUAUUGUCUGUUGUUCUGUUCUUUUCGUCACAGAGGGAUUUUGUUUGUUUUAUUUCACAUUGGCACUACUAUGUUUUGUUCCGUACUGUAAACAUUGCCACCUUAUUUUAGUUUGUUGCAUUCAUGUGCAAUAAUGACUUGCUUUUAUUUAAUUUAUUUCACAUUUUAGUUUCGUUUUAGGGGUUCUCUCGACUAUAGGUUUGCUUUUUUGUUUUAUUUCUAGACUAUAUUGAUCUGUGCAAUAGAUGGAUUUAAGGGCCUAGAAGGAAUGUGUGUGUGUCUGUGAGUGUGUGUGUGUCUGUACAGCUUUCCAGCAGAAGGGGGAGCUGUGGUAUAACAACAUGAGAAAUGUGCCAAAAAUUCCAUGAUGCCAACAUUUUACUCAUGUUUCGUUUACCAUCGUGUUGUGGUCACUUGAAAUUUUGUCAACUGAUUGUCCAAAUACUUCUCCACCACUAGUUCUCAUUUGAAACAUAUCAUCUGGUAUUUAGUCGUUUAAUUUGGGUGUAUUUCCAAGAGCCUGUACGCUGUAUUUGGGGGAAAUGCACCUUCAGCUGUGGUUGCUUUUUGUCUUUUCAAAAAUAGUUGGUGCUACUUAUUACCAGCAAAGCGCUUGUUUUCUGCCUUAUAUCUCCUUUGAUUCUGUUGAAGCAACAGGUUGACUGCCUUCUUAAAUGACCAAAUCUUCCCUUUUUCCUGUAGCCAGAGCUUUCCAUAUUUGAUCCAGUAAGCACUGCCAGGGUCACUUGGCUUUUAUUUUUACAUACAGCUUCUGAGUGUCAGCUCCAGGAGCAGACUCCAAAUGAUGAUUGUUAGCAUCAUGUCACAGCUUUUCUUUUUUAACUUUUUUUUUUUAGCCAUUUUGUGGACAUUGUUUUGAUUAUUUUUUUCUUUAAAAAACUUUUUUUUUUUUUUAAAUUCAGUGAGAAUAGAGAUCAGUUGAGAGGUCCUUAUAUUCCACAGAGGUUUUUCUUCUGCCAUAUUUAAAGUCAGCAUUUGUAUGACAAGGUUUCAAAGCUAGAGUUUACACAGCAAUCCAUGAGAGGACUUGAGCUUGUUACCCCAUAGAUGCACCAUCAUAGGAGUUAUGGUUGAGCCAAAAGGACAGUCUGAUGAACUGUAACACCUUGUGAGUCACACUAUUGGACUCAACAUCGUGCUGUUGGCGUUACCCCUUCGUUUUAAGUGCAGCUUUUCAGCAAGUUUUCUUGAGGAUAAUCAGCAGGUCGUUAUCCUGCUGCCAUGAACCAAAUCCCCAGCUCACUUCCCUGUAGUUAAGGAUGGGUUGUAAUGUGUAAACGACUGACAAAUAGAUGCAUACCUUGUUUUUUAUGUAAGUUUUCUAUUUUUUUAAUAAACAUUUUAAAACUCCA